GAAUGGUAAAAAUGUGAAGGAAGUUUCAAAAUCUCCAAACACUGUAAUGAAAUCUGUAGCUCCUACAAAAUCACCAGUUUCAAAUAGUUUACGGACAAUUCCUCCUAAGCCCAAGGCAUCUUGGGCUCAAAUUGUGAAGUGUGUUUUCGAUCAUGUCUUCAUUAAAUGUUUACAAUACCUGAAUCAAAACCCGAACCGAAACCUGAAUUAUUAUCCACACCUAUACAUAAGAAUCCUGAAAUCGUAAAACCAGUGUCUCCACAGAUAUCGAAAUCUCCAAAUCCUGUACAAUCUCCUCAGGCGCCAAAAUUAGAGUCAGCCAUUGCUCUUCCACAGGAAUCAUUAGGUACAUCAUCGGUGAUAACUACAAAGGCUGAAGAAAUGAAAGAAUAUGCUAGAGAAGUUACUUCUCCUGAAGCGCCAACCGCUACCAUUGUAACAUCAUCUACACCUGUUGUAAAUGUUUCACCACGCGCAAAAGAAGUUUCUCCUCCGGGUCUUAAAGCUAAAACGAGUACAGCUACGCGUAGAUUGAAGCAAGAUACUCCUGUUGUAAUGCCUAAUACAGGCGCGGGUUUGGAAAGAGUUGGUGUACAAUUUGGAAGUUUAAGCAUAUCGAAUAAUAAUAAUGUGGAAGAAUCAUCAGAGACUGAACCGCAAAUUGUACCUCAGGUUAAGACUGAAGAACGAUCAUCUGUAUCAGUUGAAACCUCACCUCAACCGCAAACUACUCCAAUUCAACAGCAACAACAAAUAAUCCCGCAACAAUCGGUUCAGCAAUUACAACAAGUGUCACAACAACAAGUGGCCCAGCAAGCGACACAACAGUUGCAACAGCCAACUACACAACUGCAACAACAAUUACAGCCGCCACAGUCAUCUCAACCACAAUCUUCAACUCUUUCACAAUCAAAUUCUAUUAAUAGACUUCCUACAACGUCUGCUCAAGCAUUACCAUCAUCGCAACAAGAUCAAUCAUCUUAUUUGAAUCAACAACAUCAUUUAGGGUUAACAGAGCCAAUUAGUGCUCCAUAUGCAUCUUAUCUUCCUAAUCAGCCACCUAAUCAACUAUCCGGGUUUGGUAUCGGACCUAUUCCGGAAUAUAAUACAAUGUAUGGACCAGAUGCGCAACGCAUAAUGGGAUAUUAUGAUCCAACAUAUGGACAAGCUUCUCCAGUUACAUCAACUGGAUAUCAAGGAGGACAAAAUCCACAACAAGCUUAUCCCCUUGGAAUGCCACAAUAUUAUCCAUAUUAUUAUUUGAACCAAUUUCCUUCAGCUGCUUAUCAACAAUCUGGUUAUGGUCAACCAUAUGUAAAUAAAUCAAUAUAUCCUAUGUAUAAUCAUCCGACCAAACCCGGUUCUGUUUCUGGGGCAUCUCCAUAUGGUUAUCCAACAACACCCACAACUCCCAAUACUCCACACCAUUAUUCCCAUACUUCUAAUACAGGUUACGAAGAAGUUGCCGCUGCACAGAUCCAUCAUCAUCCUGUGCCUAAUGUUCUUGAUUAUCAAAAACCUUAUAAUAGUGGUAUACCUCUAAAUUUUCUAGGUAAUACUGGUGGUAAUAAUCCUCAACCUGCUGGUACUGCAAGUUCAAACUCUACAGGAGGCAAGUCUAACAAUAAUGGAAGUACCGAAUUAAAUCCACCUACACAAUAUAAGCCAUAUCAGGAUAAAACGUCUGUUAGUGCACAAUCUGCAGGCGGUGUUGGACAGACUGGAACGCAGCAACAUCAACAACCUAAUAACCCGAAUUAUUAUGGUCAACAGCAACAACAGGCUCAGAUUUUUAAUAAUUAUCAACAACAUCCGCAGACUCAUCAUCAAUAUUAUCAGCAUCAUCAGGCUACUAAUCGUAAUCAACAACAAUUCUGGACUAGCCAGAGUUAGGUUUUUCAUAUGAAAAUGAGGAGUAUAAAAGAGGAGAGUGAGAGUUGAGAACAAAUAAAUUGAUUGAUGGUUGAAGAUGUAAUAAAGGUUAUGUAGUUAUCAUUUCUUUAGAAUAUUUUUUUUUUAUCCAGUAUAUUAUAUAUAUAUAUAUUAUGGUAAUUGUUUAUCUGUGUUAAUUUUGUUAGUGGCUUAUUUUUUUUUUUCUUUGUAAAGAUAUUCUUUUUCAAAAAAUACCUUCAUUAUAUAUCAAGCAAUUUCAACAUAAUUAUCUCAUCCUAUUCAUCACAAAAAAACAAUUCAAAAUUACCAAUGCUUUAUUUUAUAUUAUCUCUAUUUGAGAAUUAUUAAAAAAAUGUCAUUAUUAAUGACUUGUAUAAAGAACUUUUUUUAAAAAAAAAAUUUAU